UUUAGCCAAUCACGUUAAUGCCCAAUGAAUUUCACUCGUUCUAAAAUCCAAACGACAAACCGUUACAUUGGGAAAAUAUUGGUGAAAUAACUAAAAUAAAACAUCGUUGGACGGUAAAGGCAGUUAAAUUGUUUGAAUGUAAAUUUAUUUACAUUCAACAAAGUUUUUGAAUACUAAGUGAAAACUAAGAAUCGUGACAAUAUAACAAUCAUGGAAAUUCAACUAAGGCGGCAUAGAUCGGCACAGAUUCAAGACCAAGAAAAUCUGUAUGCUGGUGUCCGCGGGAAAGGUAAUGGAGCCGUCCCUACAAAAAGGCUGGGAUUAACAGUACGUGGGGCGUUAGGUGAUUUGAACACAAAUGUGCAAGUUCAACGCGAAGCUCUCGGCAAAGUUGCCGUUACAACUGCUGAAUUUGAGAAAAAAGCCACCCUAAACCGUGGCGUAGUACGAAGCAACUAUAGUCAUGUAACAUCAAAAGUAGACACAGGAUUAGCUGUCAAAAAUGUUAUUCAGCCAUCUUCAAGGCCCCCACUCCGCCGUGAAGAGAGCACUGCUGGAUUGACCGCCAGAGCUGUAACUCGUACCAGGGUCGCUUUAAAAGAUAAUCAGAACAAGCCAAAUGAAAUAAAGGAAUCAAUUAACAUCUACAUACAAACUAAGAAAUGUCAAGACACAAAAAAAACAAAGCUGCCCAUGCUAAAGGAAAAUAAAGAAUUAAGAACAUCCAAAUCACAUCUGAAAGAUGGAACUGACUCUUUGCGGAAAACAAAACUAGCAUUAAAAGACCCAAUCGAAUCAUUAGGAAAGUUAAAACUAGCUGAAACAUACCCUGAGAAGGGAAUGGGCUUAAUAGAUAAAGCCAAGGUAGAAAAACAAGCUGAUUUCUUUGAAACUGUGUUUGAUAUUACACCUCCACUGCCUGAGGAUAUUGAAGAUAUUGAUGCUGGAGACAACAACAGCCCUUUGCUAAUGUCUAUGUAUAUCAAGGACAUUUACAAAUACCUGACUGAAUUGGAAGAGAAAUAUUCUAUUGAGCCCGAUCAUUUAAAAAAGCAGACUGUUAUAACUGGCAAAAUGAGAGCAACACUCAUUGAUUGGCUUGUGGAAGUUCAACGCCAAUUCUCAUUAGUAUUGGAGACAUUCCAUCUCACUGUUGGCAUUAUUGACAGAUAUUUGCAGGUUGUUCCAAAUGUCCAGCGCAAUCAAUUACAAUUAGUCGGUGUGACGGCUAUGUUCAUAGCAAGCAAGUAUGAAGAGAUCUACGCUCCAGAUGUUGGCGAUUUUGUUUAUGUCACUGAUAAUGCCUACACCAAGUCUGAUGUAUUCCGCUGUGAGAGAGACAUUAUGUGCAAACUGGGCUUCUGUCUUGCGAGACCGAUACCUUUGAGUUUUCUUAGAAGAUUUGUAAAAGCUGCACGUGGUACAUCGAGGAAUCAUCAUUUGGCCAAAUACUUUGUUGAUCUCUGUCUAGUCGAAUAUACUAUGGCCCAUUAUCGACCGUCAGAACUAGCAGCGGCAGCAAUCUGCCUCUCACUUCAUUUGCUAUCGAGCAAGACACUCUCCGAAGUAUGGACGUCUACCUUGUCUUACUACUCUGGGUACGAUCUUGAACACAUAGAUCCGAUUAUAAGGAAAAUCGCAAAGAUUGUUAUUAACAUUGAAAAUUCCAAAUAUAAAGCCGUAUAUAACAAAUAUUUGGACACGACGUUGGCUAAAGUUUCCAGUCUUCCGCAGUUGAAAAGCGAAGCGAUUUAUGAACUCGCAAAGAUAUCAAGCCCAAGCCCUUAGAUUAAAUUGAAUUACCAAAAUAUGUAGGAAUAUAGAAAUAAUAGGGACAUGUGUGUACUUUUCUGAUUUGUAAUGUUAAUUUAAUGGACUGAGUUUUAUAUUAAGCUUGUUUUAAGGUACCUGCUUUGUUUAUGUUUUAAAUUUAGAUAUAAUUUAGUUUUUAGAUAAAAUAUAUGAUGACUGUGAGUGCUGAUAGAAUUGUAUUGACAUGGAUAUUAUUUGUAUUUAUGUAUUUAUAUCUGAAAGUGGACCACAUUUUACAUAACUUGAACCUUUUGUUAUUUAUAUUAUAAAAAAAAAUCACUUCAGGUUUUUAGUAGUUUCUUUAUUUGUAUAGUGUUUUCAUUAUGGUAAAGAUUUUUGUCCGAGAGGAUGAUUUUAAAUUACGACUUGUAUACAAACUAGACAUGACGUCGACUUAUUCACUAUAUUGAAUAUUCUGAUAAAUAUUCACUUGCUGCAUGCUUCUUAAUAUUUUCAAAAUUAAUAUAGUUUCUAGAGAUUGGGUUGCAUCAUUGAAGUAUUUCCUUAAC